AUGCCACUGAGACCUAUCACUAGUUCAAGAGAUUCAGCAACUAGCAAUUUAAGUAGAUUUCUCCUUCAAAUUGUCCAACCAUUGGUAGAAGAAACAUCUUCAUUUGUUAAGAACUCUAAACAUUUUGUAGAUAUACUUAAGAAAGUAGAAUUAGGUCCUUCAGACAAAUUUGUCAGUUUUGAAGUAGAUAAUUUAUACACCAACGUAUCUUUAGAGGAAUCGUUAGACAUCGUCGAGGCUAGAUUGAGGGAUGAGGUAACGUUUUCCGAAAGGACUUCGCUGCCCCUUGGGGGAGUGAUGGAGCUCUUCAGGUGCUGUCUGCGUAAUUCUUAUUUUCAAGUUAAAGAAAAGUUUUAUGCUCAAAAUGAUGGUUUACCUAUGGGUUCCCCGCUCUCUCCAGUUUUAGCGAAUAUAUAUAUGGAAUGGUUCGAGACCAAUGCCAUUAGCAUCGCGGUGGUCAAACACAAAAUCUGGCUUCGAUAUGUUGAUGAUGCCAUUAUAAUCUGGAACGGAAUCGAUAGACAGUUGGAUUCCUUUCUUAAUCAUCUUAAUUCACGAAAUAUCUCAAUCAGAUUCACGAUUGAGAAAGAGAAAAACUUCUAUCUGCCGUUUCUGGAUGUUCUUGUAAGUAGAAGUGAUGGAUCUAUUAGCCCACACUUCUGUAUAUAG